AUGGGAACAGCGCGGCCGCCUCAUGGCGGGGUCGCGGCGCGGCCUCUCCUCGGUCCCUGGAUCCCAAAUGGCGCUGGAAGGGGCGGCUGGAGAUCAUCACCAGCCACCUGCAGCAGGUGGGCUUGGAAUGUCUCCGGAGAGGGAAACUCCACCGCCUCCCUGGGCAGCUGUCCAGUGCUCUGUCACCCUCAGUGAAAAGUUCUUCCUCAUGUUGAGGUGGGACUUUUUGUGGUUUAUUUUAUGGCCGUUGCACCACUGGAAGGAGUCUGGCACUCCCGUUGGAGAUAUGUGUGUGGAUUGGUGAGAUCCCCUCUUGCUGGUGUAAUAUAUGUUGGUAUAAUUCACGUCUACUGUAGACAUAUAAAAUCAAGUAUAAAAGCGUGUUUAAUGUAAAAAACACAAGCCACUUGAGAUUGCAAAAGUAGCUGCUGGAAAACCAAGAAUUUGCAAGAGAAAGACCAAACAAUUAAGAUAACACCGAGAAGUGAGUGCACCCAAUCAAGAUAAGCGCUCUAAUGACCCGGUGAUUAUCCAACCUGAUCUGAUUCUCCAGGAACACGCAUCUCAGUGUCGGCUUCCCGAAAAAAAACUACUCAAACUUCAUCUCUUUCUGAGGAAAAACUCACCACGAUUGUACAUCUAAAAGCCUGCCUCUCGAAAAAAACCACUCAAACUUCAUCUCCUUCUCAGUAAACUCAUCAGCAGUCCAGCAGCAGAAAUAUGAAUGUGUAACAACACAAGAAAAAGAAGAAACUAAAGCUGCAUAGCCUCAAGAUGAAAAACCUGUAUAAAACUCAGCUCUCCGGAAGACAGUUUGUGAACCUGGGGGAAUCAGUGCGGCAGAGGCUGAUUCAGAGUUCACCCAGCGCCGAUCCCGGGCUCGACGCUGACAGUGAUUGUAGUUGUUUACAAAAUUCGAUUUUGCAAAUCUUUCAAUAAAAUUAUUAUUGAAAAAUUUGGCUGAAUUUCAUUUAUAACACUGGAAAAUAUACCAAGUUUAAAAAUUUUAUUUUCUAACUUUAGUCACGUUUGUUUGCCUUUGCCCCGGAGAAAGGGAACUGAAGUUUCUUUCCAAAGCAUUCUUGCUUUGGUUGCUGAUGAGUUCAGCAUCUCCGAAGGCUGAGAGCAGCACGAAGAUACACGAGAGAUAACGACCAGGAAGGGCCACUGGAGAACCAUCAGCAAACAUCCACAAACUGAAAAAAUCCACAAACUGAAAAAACACACACAAAAAAAAUAUCCACAAACAUUGCUCCAGAGACACCGGGAAAAGGCUGGUAAGGAAAUGCAGGAGUGAAGUCCUAAUUAACAAUCCGUAUCCAAUAGGAAACCAAACACUAAGACCUGCACAACUCGGGACUAAUGACAAUUAAACCGAUGGAAUUCUAUGGGAUUUGGACUGUAUAAAGUUUGGGGAAAAUCUUGUAGUUUGAGAACAAUCAUGGAGCGAGGUCCCCUGCGGCUGAAGGGCAGCGGAGGCGCCCUGGGGGCCAGCAAGCGGAAAAAGGGGAAAGAUAAAGCCCAGACCCUGGAGCAGAUCACAAGAAGGGGAAAGACAAAGCCCAGACCCUGGAGCAGAUCACAAGAAGGGGAAAGACAAAGCCCAGACCCUGGAGCAGAUCACAAGAAGGGGAAAGACAAAGCCCAGACCCUGGAGCAGAUCACAAGAAGGGGAAAGACAAAGCCCAGACCCUGGAGCAGAUCACAAGAAGGGGAAAGACAAAGCCCAGACCCUGGAGCAGAUCACAAGAAGGAGGAGGAGAAGCGUGGGCUGGACAAGCGGACCCCAGCACAGGCGGCCUUCCAGAAGAUGCAGGAGAGGCGGCAAAUGAAGCGGGUCCUGAAUAAAGCGUCGAAAACCCACAAGCAGCAAGUGGAGGAGUUGAACAGGCACUUGGAUGCUCUGACUGAGCACUACGACAUUCCCAAAGUCAGCUGGACUAAAUGAUUGGGCUGUCACAGCUCUGAUUUGUAUCAAGGGCUGCCAUGGAAAUCUGUCCAUUCUUCAUAUUGUCAAAUAUAACUUCUGAGCUUUCA